AUGUACCUGGUCACCAACCUGGGAAAUUUGCUCAUCAUCCUGGAUGCCAUUUCUGACUCCCACCCCCACACCCCCAUGUACUUCUUCCUCUCCAACCUGUCCUUUACUGACAUCUGUUUAAGCACAACCACCAUCCCAGAGAUGCUGGUGAAUAUCCAAGCACAGAGUCAGCAUCUCAGUUACACAGGCUGCAUCACCCAGGUCUGUUUUGUCUUGAUUUUUCUUGGUUUUGAAAAUUUUCUCCUUGCAGUAAUGGCCUAUGACCACUAUGUUGCCAUUUGUCAUCCACAGAGGUACACAGUCAUCAUGAACCCCCAACUCUGUGGACUGUUAAUUCUACUCUCUUUGUACAUUACUGUUUCCUUGUUCUAUGGGACAGGAUUAGGGGUAUACAUUAGUUCUGCAGUUACUGACUCUUCCAGAAAGACUUCAGUGGCUUCGGUGAUGUACACUGUGGUUCCUCAAUUGAUGAACCCCUUUAUCUACAGUCUGUGGAACAGGGAUAUGAAGGAAGCCUUGAGAAAAAUAAUCAGGUAG